UAAAGAGGUUUGGAGGGAUUCAGCGAAGAGCCUUGCUUCAAAAGCACACUCAUCCUCUUUAUCUCUCUCGAUUAAAGAAGAAAUUCUCAGGAAAAAAGAAAUCAAUCUUUCGGAGAAAAAGAACAGCCUCUGCAUUUGCUUAAAAUUAGGGAAAAAGCCUUAUUCUUUCCCUCUCUUUAUAACCUAAAUCAAUCCGGAAGGAAAUGGCGGAGAUAAACCCUAUGGAGCUGCUCCGAUCCAAUCUCUCUAGGGUUCGGAUCCCCGAACCUACCAAUCGCAUUUACAAGCAAGAAUGCUGCCUCUCUUUCGAUUCUCCGAGGUCAGAAGGAGGAUUGUUUGUUGAUAUGAAUACGUUUCUUGCAUUCGGGAAAGAUCAUGUGGCUUGGAAUUACGAGAAGACUGGAAAUCCUGUGUAUCUGCAUAUUAAGCAAACACAAAAGUUGGUUUCAGAAGAUAGGCCAUUGAAGAAACCCGCACUUUUGGCUAUUGGUAUUGAUGGUGGAUUUGACAACAAUGAGCCAGAAUAUGAAGAAACUCACAACAUAGUCAUUUUGCCUAGCUAUGUAACACUUCCUUUUCCAUCUGUGGAGUUGCCUGAGAAGGUAAGGUUGGCAGUUGAUUCUAUUUUACUGGCUGAGGGUGCUGAACGGAAAGAACAAGUUGCAGCCUGGACAGCUGAUAAGAAGCAAAAAAGUACAUAUGCAAUGGAGUUGCAGCAAAUUGGCAAUGUUGUUGUUCCCCCAUCUGGUUGGAAAUGUGCCAAGUGUGAUAAAACAGAUAAUCUAUGGUUAAAUCUUACUGAUGGAAUGAUCCUCUGUGGGAGGAAAAAUUGGGAUGGAACUGGUGGUAACAACCAUGCCGUUGAGCACUACAGGGAGACUGGCUAUCCUCUAGCUGUAAAGCUUGGGACAAUUACUUCUGAUCUUGAAGCUGCAGAUGUUUUCUCUUACCCAGAGGAUGAUAGCGUUAUAGACCCACAUCUAGCAGAGCAUUUGGCUUAUUUUGGUAUUGAUUUCUCAUCAUUGCAAAAGACUGAAAUGACAACUGCUGAAAGGGAGCUUGACCAGAAUACCAACUUUGAUUGGAAUAGAAUUCAAGAAAGUGGGCAGGAUGUGGAACCAAUUUUUGGACCAGGUUAUACAGGUCUUGUGAAUCUUGGAAACAGCUGCUACAUGGCAGCAACCAUGCAAGUUGUGUUUUCAACGCAGUCAUUUUGUAGACGAUAUUAUAUGAACCAAAACUUAAAAAUGGCUUUUGAGACAGCUCCAGCUGAUCCAACUGUAGACCUCAACAUGCAAUUAACAAAACUGGCACAUGGUUUGCUUUCUGGGAAAUAUUCUCUUCCAGCAUCAGAGAGAGAUGGAACUGCUACACCUUCAGUAAAAGAUGCUAAACAAGAAGGGAUUCCUCCUCGCAUGUUCAAAGCAGUUAUUGCAGCCAGUCAUCCUGAGUUUUCUACCAUGAGACAACAGGAUGCCUUGGAGUUCUUCCUUCAUUUUCUUGACCAAGUUGAACGUUCUAAUGCUGCAAAACCUGAACUGGAUCCCUCAAGGAGUUUCAAGUUUGGUGUUGAAGAUCGUAUCUUGUGUUCAUCUGGGAAGGUUGCUUAUAAUAAAAGGCUUGACUACAUUCUCUCUUUGAAUAUUCCACUGCACGAAGCUACUAAUAAACAAGAGCUGGAGGCUUUUAACAAAAUCAAAGCUGAAAAGAUGUCAGAGGGGAAGGAUGUAUCCAACGAUGAAAUUGUUCGUCCAAGGGUACCUCUAGAAGCAUGCUUAGCAAACUUUGCAGCUCCUGAGGAGAUACGCGAUUUCUAUAGCUCUGCAUUGAAGGCUAAGACAACAGCUCUCAAGACUGCUGGUUUAACUUCAUUCCCCGAUUAUUUGGUAUUGCACAUGAGGAAGUUUGUCAUGGAGGCAGGCUGGGUUCCUAAAAAGCUUGAUGUCUACAUAGAUGUUCCCGACAUCAUAGAUAUAAGCCAUAUGCGCAGCAAAGGCCUUCAACCUGGAGAAGAACUGUUGCCAGAGGCUGUUCCUGAGGGUGAGGUGGAAUCAAGUCAGCCUGUUGCCGAUGAUGCAAUUGUUGCCCAGCUUGCCUCAAUGGGGUUUAACCAGCUUCAUUGUCAGAAAGCUGCCAUAAACACUUCUAAUGCUGGUGUGGAAGAGGCCAUGAACUGGUUGCUUUCUCAUAUGGAUGAUCCAGAUAUCGAUGCUCCUAUCUCCCAUAGUGCGAAAGGUGCUGAGGCGUCUAUCGACCAGUCAGCCGUUGAUACUUUGGUCUCAUUUGGUUUUCAAGAAGAGAUUGCUCGAAUGGCAUUGAAGGCAUCGGGUGGCGACAUUGAAAAAGCAACAGAUUGGAUAUUUAGCAAUCCCAAUGCCUAUGCUUCUGCAUCAUCUAUGGGUACGGAUACCGCAAGCAACAGCACGCCUACUCCGGUUGAUGCAGGACUGCCCGACGGAGGAGGAAGAUACCGGCUUUUCGGGAUAGUGAGUCACAUCGGAACCUCGACUCAGUGCGGCCAUUAUGUCGCUCACAUCCUGAAAGAUGGUAGGUGGGUGAUAUUCAACGAUGAUAAGGUUGGUGCUUCAAUCAAUCCACCCAAGGACAUGGGUUACUUGUACUUCUUUGAGAGGAUCAAUGGCUGAAUUUCACUUGGGACACUUUAGGUACUCCUUUGGGUCUUUUAUAGAGGUGGCCAAUAACAUUGCACUUCCAUACAUUUUAAUCCCCAUGCUAUGAUUUUUUUUCCUUAAUACAAAUUCACAGUUUUUGUUUUCUUUC